CAGUAUUCAGAGUAGCUUGUUCUUUCUACAACACUUAAAACUAAUAUGUGACCAGAUUUACGAACCUCAGUGACAGAAAUUAAAUAUUUCCCAGGACGCAAGGAGCAAGGACAGUGGGUUUCAUAAUGUACACCACAAAACCCAACCCCCUGCCAGCACUGGAAUAUAAAAGCUGGAGGCAAGGGGCUUUUGAUGAGGAAUUGCUUGCUGGCAUAUUAGGAGAAGGGAAGAUUCAAGAUUAGACCAUUUUUGUGGAGCACCUUUUUUCUGGACCUUGUGGAGCUGAAUGUUUAUUGGCGCUAUGAAAACUCCAGCUCAGGAAAAUCCUGAAAAACAGCAGGAGCAUUUGAAAAAGCAAAGGGACAUUCUUGCUUACCGAAUGAAAAAACUGUCAGCAAAGCAAGAGCAUUUCAUUAAAAAGACUGCAGAACUGAAAGAAAAGAUCCGAAAGAAGUAUGAAGACAUGAAGAGAGUGCUGGAUGAGGACCUGCGAAUCACAAUGUGCCAGCUAGACAUGGAGCAGGAGGCUAUGGAGAGAACCACUGAGGAGAAGAUAGAAAAGUGCUUCCAACUAAUGCAGGACAUGGAAGAGCAGCUGUCUGAGACUGUCAAACAGCUGAACCAGGACAAAGCACAUGACUUAGACCUGAUUGCAGAAACAGAUAGAAGGCUAAAGGAGACUUUGAAGAUGACGGAUCCAGAGUGUAUCCAAAUGGACGAGUUUAAGAAUGAGCAGUUGCUAUGUUUAACUAUUAAUUUACUCCUGUUCAUCCGCUCACAGGUUCCUGUCACCAAGAAACUCUUCCAGAGCUAUGCCCAAGAGGUGGUUCUGAACCCUGAUUCUGCUCAUCCGAAACUUAUCAUUUCGCCAGCAGGAGACUCAGUUACAUACACAGACACCUGGCAGGAAGUUCCAGAAAACCGGUCCCGCUUUGAUACCACCCUGAACGUUAUAAGUCAAGAGGGUUUUAAAGAAGACCGCAAUUACUGGGAGGCGCAGGUUAGUGGCAAAACCUACUGGGAGCUGGGACUCACCUAUCCCAGCAUCCCCAGGAAAGGUCGUGAGGAGCAAUGCUGGCUGGGGCGUGGACCCGAGUCCUGGUGUGUGGAAUACUUUAAUGGUGAUUACACAGCCUGGCACAAUGGGGUUCCCCAUGAGCUCACCCAUUUAACUGGGAGGAAAUUCCAACGUAUCGGGGUCUUCUCCAGCUCGUAUGGAGGUCUUGUUUGUUUCCUUGGCUCAGACACCAUGACCCCACUCCAUAGCUUUUGUGUAGGCACAUUUACAGAUGCACUUCAUCAAGCUGUCUGCCCUGGUCAUGACAACCAAGGGACCAACUGGAAACCACUGCUGAUCUGUGAUGCCUCCAGGUCUGCGCCAACUCUGUGAUCGGUAAAUCUGAGACGGCAGAGACGGCAGGGCUGAAUAAACUCAAUAAAAACAGCCUUGUACAGUAUAACAGUGGGAUUGAAUGAUGUAAAAUAUAGACAAAAAUAAUUACAUCACACACAAAGCAGUAUUUAUGAUUAGUACAGCAGAAUGCUUAAAUAUAUUAUUUUAGAUGUUUUAAAACGGAACAUUUCAUAUACAGUAUGUACUGAAGACAAUAUAAAAUAUAAAAUCAAUCAAGCACAACUUUCAUACAAUAAGUGCUGUUUUUAUAGACUGUUGUGUGUAGGUGUUCAGAUCCAUGCACAUUUGUUGUCAUUCACAAAUAGAAACAGUAAGAUACAAAAAUAAUAGUUUUAUUGUUAUUUAAAUGCUUUAAAGUCACUCCAAAACCCACUGAUGAUAUUGUACCGACCCCAUAUUUUAUUGAUAUUGUCCCUUGUGUGCUUUAUGUUUAUAGUUUUAAUACUAAUUAUAGUCCACACUGUCUCUAAAAAAUUCACAUAACCAUUUAAUCAAAGAAUAAAUGAUAAAAGAAGAAAUAGAAAAUGCUUAUAUAGGCUAAAAUUCCACAAAACCUAACAUGAAUAUUUCACACCGCUGUGGACAAAGAACAGCAAUAUUAAUGUUCAAAAAAUAAGAGAUAAAUAAUGAACAGUAACAUGCUACUAAAGAUCCACUCUUCUGAAGAAUCUAUUAAGCGUCCAGAAUAAAGUCAGAAAGAAACUGCUAUCCCACACAAACCCUAACUGUAGCUGUGUCUGGAUCAUCCCUGAAUAUUGAGACCACGUGGUCACAUCCUGUCAGUAAAUCAGCCUAGCUUUGACUGUGAUGUGAAAAUGUGUGCUACCAAACAUACUUGAAA